AUGCCUGAAAAACAAUUGCAGGUUGAACUUUUCGUGAAGGCUGGCAGUGAUGGGGCUAAAAUUGGGACCUGUUCCAUCUCCCAGAGACUGUUUAUGGUGCUCUGGAUCAAGGGAGUCACCUUCAAUGUCAUCACUGUUGACACCAAGAGAUGGACUGAGACGGUACAGAAGCUGAGCCCAGGGGGGCAGCUCCCUUUCCUGUUGUAUGGCACUGAAGUGCACACAGAUACCAACAAGAUUGAGGAAUUUCUGGAGGCAGUGCUAUGCCCUCCCAGGUACCCCAAGCUGGCAGCUCUGAACCCUGAAUCCAACACAGCUGGGCUAGACAUAUUUGCUCAAUUUUCUGCCUAUAUCAAGAAUUCACACCCAGACCUCAAUGACAACCUGGAGAAGGGGGUCCAGAAAGCCCUGAAAGUCUUAGACAAUUACUUGACAUCCCCACUCCCAGAAGAAGUGGAUGAGACCAGUGCUGAGGAUAAGGGCAUCUCUCAGAGGAAGUUAAACGGCAACGAACUCACUCUGGCCAACUGCAACCUAUUACCAAAGCUCCACAUAGGACAGCUAGUAUGUAAAAAGUACUGGGGAUUCUCCAUUCCAGGUGGGUUUUGCAGAAUGCAUCUCAAAGCCUACACUUGGGAAGUAUUUGCCUCCACCUAUCUAGAUGAUGAGGAGAUCAAGUUGGCUUACGAAUAAGUGGCCAAGGCCCUCAAAUAAGCCCCUCCUAGAGCUCCUUCCCCCUCUCCAUUCCCUCCACAAAGGCCCUGGGUGGUUUCCACGUGGCUACCCAGUGUACACAUUCCAAAAUGGGCAAUGGGCAGAGAAUCCUGGAACACUUGUGCAGGGUUUGCUGGGGCGGGGGGUUGAGGAGAAAAGAUGGGAGAGCUGGGUGAUAUUUUUAUUGUGGGAUGGGGUGGGCAGGAACAUGUUAUUUCAGUAAUGAAAUACAGAAUGAAAAAAAUAAAUAAAUAUUUGCAAAUAUGUGUAUUUUAGGAGAGAGAGACAGUAGGCAAAUACAAGAGAGGAAAAACAAAUUCUCUAGGAGAGAAAAAAGUGACAAGGAUUUAAAUAAUUGAAAAAUGCUAUCAUUAUUGUAUAAACACAGGUUUUUGACAUAAUAAUUACCCUUAAUCUUAAGGAAAUAAUUACAUAAAUAGAAAAGAUGUAAAAUAAGUUAACUGUUAGACUGAUGUUUAAAAUAGUAAAUACUGAGAAAAAUCUAAAUGUCAAAUGAAAGGAUCAAUUUACAAAAAUGAUACAAAUGGUUAAGGCUCCAUAUUUGGGGGAAAACUUAAAAACUUAAAACUCUUUAAAUAUAUAUACACCAAAAUACAAUAGAGAGUCAAUAGUAUUUGGGUGAUUCACAUUUUAUUAAAGCUUAUAUACAGUCUGAAUUUUUCUCAGGAUGAAUGUAUCAUUUGUUAAUAAAGGGAAAGAUAAUUAUGGAUACAUGAAUUUCAAUUAAUAAAAACCUAAGCUACUAAAAUUUUACUUUCAAAUAUUAAAACUGAAAAAGGAAGGAAAUAAGGAAGACAAGUAUUUUAAAGAUUUAUCAAGAGUUCCAUCAUGGCACAGUGGAAAUGAAUCCAACUAGGAAC